AUGAUAGCUAAUUACCCCCUAACAGCUUUAGUAGAUGUGCCAGACAUCAGAGUCAUGAGUAUUGACUGGAACGACUCUGUCAUCAUCUCCAAACUGUAUGAUAUAUUCAGAGGGACGGUGGUCAUGAAAGGGAAGGCUACAGUGAAACCAGAGCAGAGACGCCAGCCUGCUGCCACCAGGGUCAGAAUGAAAGUGUUUCCACUGCUGUUGAAAUCAAGGGAGGCUGCUGACCAAUUUCCAGCCUGUAUUCAGGUUAUAUUUGCCUGUUUGUUUGGUUCCACAACUAAUCAGAAACUCAAAGUCAUGGCAGUGCAGUUUGUUCACCAUGUUUGUCUCAAUUGCUCUGAUGCCAAGUUCAAUCCCAUUGGCUCUGUGAUAAUGUCAGGGAUGGUAAAAGUUAUAGAUGAAACCAAAGAGGAUGCAAGUCUCCGUGGCCAGGCUUACCUUGCUAUAGGAAAGAUUGCCAGGAGACUUCCUCAACUGGUCACCAAGGACAUCGCUCUGGUGCAGAAAUUCUUUGAUGCCAUGUGUAAGGAGGACUCAGAAACUAAGCUAGCCAUUCAGGCAAGCUUGUCCAUGAUGUCUGAGGCCUUCAAAGGAAUGGAAGGACCCAAUUUAAAGAUCAUGGAAGCUCUUAUCAUGCAAAAUGUGGAAAAGGAUGAACACCAAGCAAGAAUGAUGGCAGUGCAGUAUGCUAAAACUGUCUACCCACCAGAUCAUAUUCCUUCCAGAUAUGUCCUUCUUCUGGCCUGUGGGGAUGUUAAAGAGGAUAUUUAUGCUGAGGCGACCAAGGCACUUCGUAAUGUGGCCAGCCCAGAGAAACGACAGAAAUUAGAUGCAGGGAAGGAGGACUUGCCUCUUAUGCCAGACUUCUCUGAAUUAGUGCUGUAUAUUUAUGAAAAGGGAAACCAGAGAAUUAAAAGCUCCCAGAAAUAUGUGACUGGUAACAAAGUUCUUCCCUUCAAUCCAAGUGCAUUUGGAGAGAUUUUGCUCUAUCUGCGUAUGUGUCUUGCGUACAGUGCUGGGCUGGUACCAGAUGUAGAGUCCACCGUUGCUAUGCAACGCCAGUCUCCUGCCAUAUCCAGGGUGAUCCACCAGCUACUGAUAGACAAACCUGGAGACAAUGGUCCUGUACAGGUCUACAUCAAGUUGAUGAAACAGUUGUUAUCAGCCAUAGGAGGUCCUCCUGUGAUGUACUGUCUCACUGAGGUGGUGGCCGGGGCUCCCAACAAACUGGCCUCAGAUUUCACUGACAACAUGGCCUGGAUCAAGACUUUUCUGUAUUCCACCAGAGAAGACAUGAGGGAAUUUGCUGCCCAGUUGUAUGCUAUUGUGGUGUCUUCAGCAGUUGAAGAAAGCAAAAUACCAGAAAUCUUCAAUGAGCUUUUACAAAACAUGAAAACAAAGGGGUUUGAAUGCCAACAUGGCUCCAUGCUUGCUUUGGGCUUCCUGAUUGGCCGCCAGAUGUACAAGGCCAAGGGACACCAUGGUGACAUUGCUGUAGAAGAUAUGGAAGUGGACAGUAAAGCAAAUGGAAUUGAACUCUACAGAGAAGCUGUGGAACAAAUAGCCAAGAAUCUCGACUCCAGGGAUGUUGCCAUGGUGAUGGGUGCUUGCACUGCUAUUGGUGAAGUUGGCAGAAAUGGCAGUCUCCCAGUGGCUGAUGGUGAGGUGAAAGAGAAAGCGGAAGACUCUGCAGUCAAGGAUGAAACUGUGACAAAGCUCUCCAUUGUAGAUUGUUUGAUUUCCAAAGUGCAGGCCACAAAAGAACCAAUGAAGGUAAGAGAGAAGGCAGCCUGGUGCCUGGGCACCUUGUGUGUGGGAGAGGCAAUGUUUCCACACACACAGAGAGUGAUGAAGGGGAUGCUGGACUGUGCUCAGCCUAAGCAGAUAGAGUUACACCUGACUGUGGGUGAAGCCUUGGUGUGUGCAGCUCUAGGUAGUCACUCCCCAGUAGCCAGGGAUCCAUGGACUGUACAGGAAGACAACUUCAAGCCUUUAACAGACGCAGGAAAGGAUGAAGUUGAGUGGCUGUUGUCAGAACUCCAUACCAAAUAUGUAAGAAGUGAUAACCCACAUAUUAGACAGGCUGCCUGUGUGUGGUUGCUAUCCCUGGUGAAGAGCUGCAGUGGUCACAAGGUGAUACAGGAGAAUAUGAAGACUAUACAGGGAGCAUUUAUGAGCUUACUAGCAGAAAACAAUGAAAUCACCCAGGACAUCGCCUCCAAGGGUCUCAGUAUAGUCUAUGAGAACUCCAGCAAAGAGAGGAAAGAUGAACUAGUGGCAGACUUGGUGCAGACACUCAUGACAGGAAAGAGACCCCAGCAGCAGGUGACCAGUGAUACCCAGGUGUUUGAGGAGGGAGCCCUGGGGAAGACACCAGACGGACAGAGUCUCUCCACCUACAGGGAGCUCUGCUCUAUUGCCAAUGAUCUUAACCAGCCAGACCUGAUCUAUAAGUUCUUACACCUGGCUAAUCACAAUGCCAUGUGGAAUUCUAAGAAGGGUGCAGCUUUUGGGUUCACCAGUAUAUUUUCUCAAGCUGGAGAACAGCUGGCGCCAUACCUGCCAAAGAUUGUCCCCAAGUUGUACAGAUAUCAGUUUGAUCCCAACCCUAAGAUCCAGCUGGCAAUGACCAGUAUAUGGCAGUCUCUGGUGUCUGAUAAUAAGAAGACGGUUGAUAUGUAUGUCCAAGACAUCCUUGAGGAUCUAAUCAAGAACUUAACCAGUGCCCAGUGGAGAGUGCGGGAGUCCAGUUGUAUGGCCCUUCAUGACCUGUUCAGGGGUAGACAAAUAGACGACAUGGUGGACAAACUCCCUGUACUGUGGGAGAACUGCCUCAGAGUGCUGGAUGAUAUUAAGGAAUCUGUACGAAAUGCAGCUGCCAUUGCAUGCAGAACCUUAAGCAAGGCCUCUAUCAAGAUCUGUGACGUAUCCCAAGGGAAGAUAGGAGAGAAGGCCAUUAGUCUGGUGCUGCCUUGUCUACUACAACAUGGGCUGGGGAGCCAAGUCCAGGACGUCAGGGCAGUGGGUAUCUCUACCAUAGUGAAGAUCAGUAAGAAUGCAGGUGCCCUGCUGAAGCCUCACAUUCCACUCCUAGUGUACAACCUCCUGGAGUCUGUCAGUGGACUGGAGCCACAGGUUCUCAAUUACCUCAGUCUCAGGAUAGGAGCCAACCAGAUGGCCCAGGAGAAGCUUGACAGUGCAAGAAUAGCAGCCUCCAAGUCCUCCCCCAUGAUGGAAACAGUCAAUAUGUGUAUACAGUAUGUAGAUGGCAGUGUACUCCCAGAACUGGUACCUAAACUAACAGAUCUGAUCAGGAGUGGUGUAGGAUUGGGGACAAAGGCUGGCUGUGCUAACAUUGUGAUCUCCUUGACUUACCAGUGUCCUCAAGAUCUGAAACAGUAUGCAGGAAAAUUGAUGAGUUCAUUGUUGAAUGGUCUCCAUGAUAAAAGUGCUACUAUAAGGAAGGUUUAUGCCACUGCACUAGGUUAUCUGGUAAAGGUUUCCAAGGACAGUAGUGUGGAGAAACUUAUUCAGAAAUUGAAAACAUGGUACAUGGACAAAGAAGAUGAGAGCACCAAGUCGUCCUGCGGCCUCACUCUCCAGGCUAUUACCCAUCAUGCACCAGAUGUUCUCAAGCGGCAUGCAGCCGAGGCGUUACCCAUGGCUUUCUUGGCCAUGCAUGACAAAAGGAAGAGAGAAAACCAGCAAGAAGAACCAGAAAAUGUGUGGGAGGAAGUUUGGACUGAAGGAACACCAGGUACAGAGGCUGGGAUCAGACUGUACCUGAAGGAGCUGGUGGCUCUCUGCCAGGUGUUCCUGCAAUCUCAGUCCUGGCACAGGAAGGCUCAAGGUGCCCUGGCCAUCAAGACUCUGGCCUCCAAGCUGGGCAGCACCCUGGGACCACCUCAGUUAGGGGAGGUGAUGAGGGCACUCCUCUCAGGACUGACUGGGAGGACAUGGCCAGGGAAGGAAACUUUACUCACAGCAAUCUCCGAAGUCUGUGUCUCAUGCAGAAAAUCAAUAGAAAAUCCCCCAGCAAAUGGUGGAUCAGAACAACAACCAACAAUUGAACAGAUCUUAGACUUCGUGAUGAAAGAAUGCAAGAAAGAAAAUCUUGCUUACAAAAUGGAGGCUGUGAAGGCUAUGGGAAUUGUACUAGAAACUUACCAGGCAGACCGUUUCCAAGAACUAGCUGACAUACUGUACCCACAUGUUGACAAGGAUGCUAAAUCAGGGGAGGAGGAAGAGGAGCUGGUUGGGGAAUAUAAAGAUUUGGUGCUGAGCUUCAAAGAGGUGGCCUUUGAGGCACUGGGUCAAGCAUGGCCGGAGGUCAAGGCCACUCAGGAUGUGCAUGCAGGCAGGUUAUGGGCAGUGCUGACCAAGGCAUUAUCUGAUAGCUAUUGGAAACAACAGGUGGCCGUUCUUCAUACCAUGACCAAAGUCCUAGACAGAUUGCUGAUCCUCCAAGAGCCUAGUUUGGUAGAGGAACACAGAGAAAGUCUUACCUUAAUGGUGCAGCCCACGGUGGACCCCCUGGUGGACUGCUUAGGAAACAUGAAAUAUUCUACAGUGAGAACAGAAGCACUUGAUGUCACAGAAAGGAUAGUUAAGAAAUUACAUGUUGUUGGCCAUUUAUCUCUUCUAAGCACAGCCCACCAGGCCAAACUAGUCCAGUGUCUGGAUAAAAUGGCACAAGAUUCUAAACCAGAACUGAAAGACAAAGCAUCAGACAUCAGAAAAUUCUUUGGAACUUCAUAGAUUCUAUGUCAAAUGGAAUCCUUUGUAAUGCUGACCUGACAGGCUUUAUGUGUAAAACAGAUGCAUUCAUUGUUACAAGAUCAGUGCUACAGGUAGAAUGUCACUGCUAAAAUGUACUGAAGGCUGUCGGAAUAAUUCCUUUUUUUCUUUCAUUUGCAUGAGACACAUAAUGUUAAAACAGCAGCUUAGGUUUUAUGAGUAAUAUCAUACAUUUUAAUUGGGACUUGAUGCUCGCAUGCAUGGCCACAAAAUGCUAAAUAUUUCACUGUGAAGUUUGUGAAAUAUCUCGAUUAGACAGACCUCCCCUUAGCUGGAGGUAUUGGAGUUUCUUUCAGAUUUAUCCAGCUUAACUUACCCGAGCGUCUACCUGAACAUCACUUGUUUUCACUGGAGAUAAUAUGUUCUUUGUGACAACUAAUGAUAAUAAAUUAUUUCUUUCUUUUUACAAAAAAGUCCGAUUUUCUUUUCUAUAAAUCUAUUUCUGUGGAUAGUGAGUUUUCCACAAAAGAAGUGGUCCGUUUAUGAUCUCAUUUAAGUGUUCCCUCCCAGACAAU